UGGCAUCGGAGGUCUGGUCACGGCAGGAGGGAGCAAGUGCCCAGACGCACUCAUUGUCGCAUUGAACCAGGCUUGCGAUGGCCAAAGGAAGCGUUGGUAUGCAUCUACGCUGGAGCUGCAACUUGUUUCGCCGGAGCUUUGUGAGGCGUCGAGCAGUACCCAGCUGUUGCACGUGCGCGUUCACGAAGACACACCUUCCACCUUGUGGUCUUCUCGCACAUCACACACCACACGCAGCCAGCACAGUCCAGAGGCUUGCACCUCGAAUCGCGUGCCGGCUGCGAAGGUGUUUGGUUGGACGUGGGCGCUUCCGAUAGACCACUGGCCAGGACAUUGACGGCGGUAUGGACACUCAUGUGCAGCAAGCGUAGGGUCGGUGGUUUGGCCUCCAAGCCUCAAACGGCUGGAAUGUGAUUCGGACAUGCCGAUUCAACCAGCAUAUCGUCGGGGCGGUGUGGCCGGCCUCCAUGCAGGGCUAUCGUUUGGAACGUCAUUCAACCAGCCCAUCGUGGGAGCCACGUGGCCGGCCUCCCUGAAGCAGCUAUCGCUUGGUGUAACCUUCGACCAUUCUAUCUUCGACGCCGUGUGGCCGGCCUCUCUGAAGAAGCUAUCGCUUGGAGGUUCAUUCAACCAGACCGUCGUCGGAGCCACGUGGCCGGUCUCUCUGGAGCACCUGUCGCUGGGAUAUUCCUUCAAUCAGCCUAUCCUCGGUAUCGAGUGGCCGGCCCCUCUCAAGCAGCUAUCGUUUGAGAGAAAUUUCAACCAGCCCAUCGUCGGACCCACGUGGCCGUCCUCCCUGCAGCGGCUUUCGUUUGGGUCGAAGUUCAACCAGCCUAUCGUCGGGGUGAUGUGGCCGACCUCCCUGAAACAGCUGUCGUUUGGGCAUCGAUUCAACAAGCCGAUCGUCGGAGGCGUGUGGCCGUCCUCCCUGAAAGAACUGUCUUUUUGGGAUGCUUUCAACAAGCCCAUCAUCGGAACCGCGUGGCCGGCUUCCCUUCGGCAGCUAUCCUUCGGGGAUAAAUUCAACAAGCCCAUCUUCGGAGUCGUGUGGCCGUCGUCCUUGCGGAAUCUAUCGUUUGCGCGUCGAUUCAACCAGCCCAUGGUCGGAGUCGUGUGGCCGUCGUCGUUGCGGAAGCUAUCGUUCGGGGGUGGUUUCGAGCAAUCCUUGGCCGACGUCGUAUGGCCACCUUCCUUAGCAAGUGUGACUUUUUACGGAAUUGAUCAGCAUUGAGCGCUGUCGAGGUAUUCCUCCAGUUGUGUGGGAUCUUCCUUCGUAAACAUAGACCGUGAAGCCCUGUGCACAGAAGAACAUGUGUUGUUUUGUGGUUCUGAGAGACAAACGUUUCGUGCGGGGAGUGUUGGUUUUUUUUGUUUUGAACGAGGCUGUUGACGAACUCACAUCACACAUAUGUGCUAGGCAUCGGCUAGAACAGGCGGUGCUCGUCAUGCAAUCCGCACUGUCGAGAGUGCUCUGCAGCUUUCCGUUUCUUCGACACGUUAUGUUCACGAAGGUGCGUUGGUGGUCACCGAUGUAGU